AUGGGAGCAAGUCAAAAAAGGGAACUUAUCGGAUGUUGGAGUCCCUUGGUGAAAGUCCAGACGGUGGUAACGUGUUUUCUCCGCAGUUUUGCUGCUGCACGUGUUCCAUGGUUGUCCGUGGACUUGGAGUGCUUGCUCCCUGCGCGCGCGCCAGUGUGUCCUGACUGGGUUCGGUUUCCCUUUAUGGGAGCCCUCGUGGAGGAACCAAAGAGACCUGAUUUUAUAAAGGAAACUACCCACGAGGUUACUGAAAACUCUUCGACAGCCCACGACGGGUUUCGCCUUUCUUGGGGGCUCAUCAGGUGGGCACAGUCCCCGAGUUUCCGUCAACCUUAUGUUCUACUAGAACCCAAAUUGGACUGUUUUCGAGAAAUACACUCAUUUGCAAAUCAAUUGAGUUUUCACGAGAGACUCAACUGA